GUAAAGCCGCCGACAAGCAUCUAGGACAGAGGAUAGGAGGGGGCAAAGAAGGGAGUAAGGGACAAAAAGAAUGGGGGGAAUAUUGUCAUCUUUGCUCGGUGGAGGAGAAGCUAUGGCGGCCGAAUCGGCUGAAGGAUCUUCGGAAUCUCGCGUACAUACUUUCCAUUCAGCUAACAGAUGGUUGCUUCAUUUCAAUGAAAUCAAAGAUUCUAACCAACUGUUGGUGGUGGAUUUUGCUGCUUCUUGGUGUGGACCGUGCAAGUUCAUGGAGCCUGCUGUUAACGCCAUGUCUAACAAGUUUUCUGAUGUUGAAUUCGCCAAAAUUGACGUCGAUGAAUUGCCCGACGUGGCACGAGAAUUUGAGGUGCAAGCAAUGCCAACAUUCCUUUUGAUGAAGAAGGGGAGUGUAGUGGACAAAGUGGUUGGUGCUAAAAAGGAUGAGUUGGAGAGGAAGAUUACCCAGCACAGAUCAUCCUAAUAUCCUAGUAAUAAAUAAACAAUCAUCAGAUGAUGCCUCUUAGGCAUGCCAUGUGUACUUUUGAGUGAUGGGGAAAUUAAUGUUGUGUGUUGUCUAUAUCUUUAGAUUGUCUGAUACUUGAUCGUCCUAUUGAAAAUUGCAACUAUUGUCCGUUGUGUUUAUAUUUGAUACAUCUUCUCUACA